UUUAAAAAUCUUGGAUUCAUUGUGAAGUUACACAAUAAUUUAAAAGGUGACGAAAUUAUUCAGGAGAUGAAGAGCUAUGCACGAGAAGAUCACCGCCAAUAUGAUUGUUUUGUAUGUGUAAUUACGUCACAUGGUAUAAGGGACGAAAUCCUUGGAUCAGAUGGUGUAUCAGUACCAAUUAGAAGUCUAACAGACCCCUUUAAAGCUAUUCCUUGCCCAGACCUGUGUGGUAAACCGAAGCUGUUUUUUAUUGAUGCUUGUCAGGGUCACGAACGACAACAAGGUGAGUCUUUUGGAAAAGCCUCCCCUGUUGACCCUGUUGUGGAAGUUAUUCCCAACGAAGCUGACUUCCUGAUGGCAUAUGCAACAGUUCCAGGAUUUGUAUCAUAUCUUGAUAAUAGAACUGGAUCAUUUUUCAUACAAACAUUGUGUAAAGCUUUAGAGGAAUAUGCUGAACGAUUGGAUAUACUUCAUAUUUUAACUAUGGUGAACAGUGCAGUUGGUGAAUUCAAUAUAACCAUCGAUGACUCUAAAUGUAAACAAUCACCUGGGCCUUUAUUCACGCUACGAAAACUGCUAUUCUUAAAGCCCCCAAAAUAA